CCCACCUUCUUUACAGCUCGGCAAUGGCUCCUCCUCCUCCUCCUCCACUCCGCCCACCGGCAUAUUCCCCAUGCCCUUUUAAGGCUCGACCCGACUCACUCGGCUCAAUACACAGCAGCCAGCUCGCGACCUUUUCGCCAUGCCAGGGACUCCCGCCGCUGCUGCCGCGACGAUCCCGAGAAAGAGGCUCCUCGUCCUCAGGAAAGUCUCCAGCUUUCUCAGGAGAUGCGCGCGCCUGGUCAGGACGAGCAAGCGCGUCGCCGUCCCGUGCCUGGCCCUGCUCAGGCGGUCCGCCGCGAGGCCGGGCGGGCUGGAACGCGCGGGGGCGGCUACCGGUUCCUCCGGGAGUACGAGUUCUCCCCUUCCAGGACCCCGCUCAUCCACCGCUACUACAGGAAGAAGCUGAAGCUGAAGCUGAACGGGAGGGGUAGGAGGUUGAAGGAAGACGUCCGGUCGCUCUUGGUCCUGUGCAGCUGUCUGGGGAGGGGGAUUCCGUCGUCAGGUUGGGAGGAGGAAGACCGUUUCUUUGGCGCGGGGACAUUCAUCGAGCCGGCGCGCGAGGCGUUGGACGAGGAGGACGGCGGCGAUUCGGUCGACCUGAGAGCGGAGAUGUUCAUCAGGAGAUUCUACGAAGAGAUGAGGAUGCAGAGGCGGCUCUCCAUUUAGACGUGGAGCGAUCCAAAGUCAUCGCGUUUUGCAGGAUUGCAACGGCGAUAUCUCUUGCAUCAUGCGAAUCUGUUUUCUUGUUCUAGGCUCUCCGCGGGACAUUUUUUUUAGAGAGAUUGCGGAGGUGGGGUUUAUGAAUUCGUUCGAUUCUUUUUUCUUCUGGGUUUAGAUUGUUCGGGGAUAUCAGAAAAUUUUCAGUUUUUGGUGUUCCCUUCUCAAAUUUGUGUCAAUUUUAUGAUGGUUGAUCGGCCCCUUUCGUCCGAAUUUCUCGAUUUUACUUGCUCUCUUAGAUCUAUGUCAAGGACUACGCGAGCAUCCCUAUA